GUCAAGAGUGAAGUAAAUAAGCAGUACAAACUCCUGGAGCUGGACAUUGAUGGUGUGUUUAAAUCAUUGCUGCUGCUGAAGAAGAAGAAAUAUGCGGCCCUUGUCAUAGAGCCCACUGCGGAUGGACGCUACGUCACAAAGCAGGAGCUAAAAGGACUGGAUAUUGUUAGACGAGACUGGUGUGACCUAGCAAAAGAAACUGGAAACUAUGUUAUCAGUCAAAUACUCUCCGAUCAGCCACGUGACACCAUUGUAGAGAAUAUCCAGAAGAGACUAACUGAAAUCCAGGAGAGUACUAUGAAUGGCAGUAUUCCUCAGAAAUGCUUUGAAAUUAACAAGGCUUUGACCAAGGAUCCCCAGGAUUACCCGGAUAAAAAAAGCCUGCCUCAUGUCCAUGUUGCCAUGUGGAUAAAUUCCCAGGGUGGACGCAGAGUUAAAGCUGGGGACACAGUAUCUUACAUCAUUUGUCAAGACGGCUCAAAUCUCAGUGCCAGCCAGCGAGCCUAUGCACCUGAGCAACUGCAGAAGCAGGAAAACCUGACCGUUGACACACAAUACUACCUCUCCCAGCAAGUGCACCCGGUUGUGGCUCGAAUCUGUGAACCCAUUGAUGGGAUAGACUCUACACUGAUUGCUACCUUGUUAGGCUUGGAUCCAUCCCAGUUCAGAGUGAACCAUAUCUGUCUUCAAGAUGAAGAAAAUGAUGUGCUGCUGGGUGGCCCGGUUCAACUGACCGAUGAAGAAAAAUACCGUGAUGCAGAGAGGUUCAAGUUCAUAUGUCCAGACUGUGGAACAGAAAACAUUUACGACAAUGUGUUUGAUGGCAGUGGGCAACAGAUACAACCCAGUUUACUCCACUGCAGUAAUGUUAACUGUGAGGCAUCGCCUUUUCAGUAUCAAGUGCAAAUAUGUAACAAGUUAACUUUGGACAGCAGGCGGCAUAUCAAAAGAUAUUACAGU